CUCCAUAGUAGCUGGGAUUACAGGCAGUUGCAACAGUACAGAAUGGCUGACCUCAGUCUUGCAGAUGCAUUAACAGAGCCACCUCCAGAAAUUGAGGAAGAGAUAAAGCGGGACUUCAUUGCCACAUUGGAGUCAGAGGCUUUUGAGGAUGUUGUGGGAGAAACUGUUGGAAAAACAGACUAUAUUCCUCUCCUGGAUGUGGACGAGAAAACUGAGAACUCUGAGUCAAAGAAGAAACCAUGCUCAGAUACUAGCCAGAUUGAAGGUAAGUAUUUAAGGCAAACUGAAAAUAUAUAUGUUCAGAAAGUAAAUUGGAGUUUAUGAUUUGGGUCAUAAUCU